AGGCAUUUUAUUGAGUGAGGUUGAAAGGACGUUAAGAAUGUCGAGUGACGAAGGUGAAACUAAAGGAACAGCCGAGGAUGCGACUGUGUCUGAAGACAAGAAAAAAACUUUCGCGGACUUGGGUGUCGUUGAUGUUUUGUGUGAAGCCUGUGAGGUAUUGAAAUGGAAAUCCCCUACCGCAGUACAAGUUGAAUCGAUUCCUCUCGUCCUAGCUGGCCGUGAUGUUAUCGGACUCGCAGAAACUGGUUCCGGAAAAACCGGAGCAUUUGCUCUCCCAAUUCUCCAGCAGUUACUAGAUAAGCCUCAAGCAAUGUUCGCCCUUGUUCUCACACCUACUCGGGAACUUGCGUUUCAAAUUGCGGAACAAUUCGAAGCGCUGGGAUCUACAAUAGGGAUAAAGGUUGCCGUGGUUGUCGGAGGAAUCGAUAUGAUGGCCCAAGCUAUCGCACUGGCGAAGAAACCACACGUGAUAAUUGCCACUCCCGGUCGACUGGUCGAUCAUCUGGAAAACACAAAAGGUUUUCAUCUACGCCAGCUAAAAUUUUUGGUAAUGGAUGAAGCCGACCGUAUCCUAACCAUGGACUUCGAACAAGAACUCGAUAAAAUACUCAAGGUCAUUCCCAAAGAGCGCCAAACGUUACUUUUCUCAGCAACAAUGACGAAGAAAGUCGUCAAGUUGCAGCGAGCAUCCCUUGUAGACCCGGCUCGAGUUGAAGUGUCAUCCAAAUACCAAACAGUGGAAAAACUUUUGCAAUACUAUCUUUUCAUACCAGCGAAGUACAAGGAUUUAUAUCUUGUGCAUAUACUGAAUGAGCUGGCUGGAAACUCGAUGAUGAUUUUCAUGAGCACCUGCAAUACUGUCCUGAGAACUGCCUUGAUGUUGCGCAGUCUGGGGUUUGCCGCCGUUCCGCUUCAUGGGCAAAUGUCUCAGACGAAAAGACUUGGAGCUCUCAAUAAAUUCAAGUCAAAGACCAGAGCAAUACUUAUCGCCACAGACGUCGCUUCGAGAGGACUCGACAUCCCGCACGUGGACUUGGUUUUGAAUUUUGACAUACCAACGCAUAGUAAGGAUUACAUUCAUCGUGUUGGCAGAACUGCUCGAGCUGGACGUUCAGGGAAAUCGAUUACUUUUGUCACUCAAUACGACGUUGAAUUGUUUCAAAGAAUCGAACACUUGAUCGGCAAGAAGCUUCCUUUGUUCCCCACUGUUGAAGAAGAGGUCCUUGUCCUGAGCGAACGAGUGAACGAGGCUCAACGGGCUGCUCGAUUGGAAAUGAAAGAUCUCGAAGAAUCAAAGAAAGGUAAACGAAAAGGUAAAGGCGGCAAGCUCUUUGACGACGACGAUGAUGGCGAGAAUGCGAUGGGUGUUCGCAAAAGAAUAAAGAAAGUGAAACGCUAACGUUUUUGGUGAAA